AAGGUUGUGAAUCCUUGCAGAAGCUAGACUUGACUGUCAAUUUCGUUGGAGAAUUAACAAGUAUCAAGAGCUUGGAGGUUAACCACCAUUUGCAACAAUUGUAUGUUUUACUGCUCAUUUCCUUUUGAAGUAUUGAAAAGAUUUAGAGUAUACGCGUAAAAACGCACAAGUUGUAACAAACCUGCAGCAGACUUGUAGCAAUGCUGUUCCAACAACUUGUCAACAGGAUGUGUUCGCACUGCUUGUUCCCAGCUUGUUGACAACUUGCUACAAGGUUGUUGAGCUUAGUAGACUUGUUACAAGUUGUUCCAACGACCUGUUAUCGUCCUGCAAUUCAACAAUUUGUCAACCAAGUUAAGGUUGUCAAUUUAACAAUUUGUUGUUUGAGUGACAACCUUGUAGCACCUUGAUAAAAUAACAGCAUUGUUACAACUUGUUGACAAGCUUCCUACAAGCCUAUUAGUAAUGCGAACACAUCUUGCAGACAAGUCGUGAGAUUUUUACGUGUGUACCCAAAAAUGUUGACAGAGUAACAGAAAGUUAAUUUGGGUUGCAAUCAUGCUAAAUAUUGUUGAAGUAACUGUAAGUACUUCAGUGUUAAUUUCCAUUUAUCUAGGUUUUUGACGGGUAAUCCUUGCACACAGUUCACAGGCUACAGAGAAUAUGUUAUUACGACAUUACCUCAAUUGAAAGUAAGUCUAUAUUUCAUGCUGGUGUUAUUGUAAACAUUUUUUAAGCUGGAACCCAAUUCAGUUUAUUUAUAAAGUUAUAUAUAUUUUAGACUCUAGAUGGGAAAGAAAUUGAAAAAUCAGAAAGGAUACUUGCAAAACAGGUUGGUUAAUGACAUCCAUUUGUUUUGGAUAAUUUUGUUGUUUUUGCCUAAUUCCAUUUUUUUUCCCAUAAACACUGUAAAUUAUCCAAAUUUACGUUUCAGGAUUAUGCAAAUAUUGUCAAAAGCAUCGUCGACCAAGAGAAUGCUUAUCGAGAAAACAUUGUAAGUGGGUGAAA